GCCGGGGACCUGCGCCCAGUGCGGCGGCGCCAGCAGCAAGAUUUGCGCCGGCUGCAAGCGCGCGCGAUACUGUUCUGGAGAAUGCCAGUCAAAGCAUUGGCAAUCUGAUCACAAAUUGAAGUGUAAACAAAUGAAAUUAUUGGAUACUGUUGACAAGUCACCCUGUGGAGUCGAGGCCAACAGUAAGAAGUCUUCUGUCUUUGGCCGUAUCUCAUUAGUGCCUGGGCCUCGAAAGUUAAACAAGGUUAUCUUUCCUUACGAUGAUUUUUUAAAGCUAUAUGAUUGGAGCGAUAGGAAUUACGAUGCUUCAUCACCUUGUGGGCUUGUGAAUUGUGGCAACAGUUGCUUCGCCAAUGUAGUUUUACAGUGUCUAUCAUACACGAGGCCACUGGUGGCCUAUCUUUUAGGAAUGGACCAUUAUAGGCAAUGUUCUAUAAGGCGUGAAAGUUGGUGUUUCUUAUGUGAGCUGCAAUGUCAUAUUGAAAAAGCAGUUGAUAGCAUGCAUCCAUUUGCUCCCAAGAACAUUCUUUCCCAUUUACCAAAUAUUGGUGGCAACCUUGGCAUUGGUAGACAGGAAGAUGCUCAUGAAUUAAUGAGGUUUGCAAUCGAUAAGAUGCAAUCAGCUUGUCUUGAUGAAUUUGGAGGUGAGAAGGUCGUUGAUCUUAGCACCCAAGAGACUACUGUUAUUCAGCACAUAUUUGGCGGCCGUCUGCAAUCUCAGGUUCAGUGUGCUGCAUGUGGAGUGGUCUCAAAUCGCUACGAGAAUAUGAUGGACUUGACAGUUGAAAUUCAUGGUGAUGCUGAAUCGCUGGAAGAGUGCUUAGAUCAGUUCACUGCUGUGGAGUGGCUUGAUGGGGACAACAAGUACAGAUGUGACGGAUGCAGCGACUAUGUCAAAGCACGGAAGCAUCUUACAGUUCAUCAAGCUCCAAAUAUACUCACUAUUACUCUCAAAAGAUUCCAGAGUGGUAGAUUUGGAAAACUGAACAAGAAAGUUACAUUCCCUGCUAAGCUGGAUCUGACACCAUACAUGAGCGCCACUGAUGGAACUGACCAGUAUGAUUUAUAUGCCGUUGUUGUUCAUCUGGAUAUGCUGAAUGCUUCGUUUUUUGGGCAUUAUAUAUGCUACAUAAAAAGUCGUCGAGGUCAUUGGCUUAAAAUUGAUGACUGCAAGGUUAUGUUUGUCGACAAGGAGGAAGUACAUGCUCAAGGUGCUUAUAUGCUUCUAUAUAGCAGAAGAACAGCUCGUCCUGGACCACUUCUUGCAGUCAAAGAACCAAUAAAACAGGAGAAGCAAUGUGAAGUGCCUCCUUCAAAUGGAGAAAAUCAUUUGAUACCAGAGGACGUGCCUGUAGAAUGUGAAUCAUUUCUUAAUUCUUCAGAAGAUCUACGAGCGGAUUCUGAAUCCAGCAAUGAAUCUUUGCACAGAAUGGAUACCCUCGACCAGGUAGACAGUGGGAGAGAGGCAUUAAUUACCAAUGAAAGUCUACAUCAGCCAGCUUCAUCGGCAUUGCAUGUUCUUAAAGAAGAUAUUAGAGACCCAUGUUCUCUAUUAGAAGGCAGUACUGCCAUGCGGUCUGACCAAUUGGGCAAUUCUGCAUGUGAAUCAUCUUCAGUUAGUUCCUCUGCAGAGGAAUGCGAGGAACCUGUCCGUAUUGAUUCAGUUGACUACAUGGAUAUUGAUACCGAAGCUGGAAGAGAAGUUGAAGGACAGAAUGCGCAACAACAAACUGUCUUGGGUGAUUCAGUUGGAGUGAUAGCCAAUAAAACAUCAGUCCCAACCUCUGAGAAACCCUCAAGAAAGAAGUCUUCCUUUGGGGAAGAGAGUCAAAAUGGUCGUGACAUGGAUGUUUCCCCCCAUAAAAUAAAUGGUCAUUGGAAUGAACAACUCAGCAGGUCAAAGCAAGGAGUUUUUGCCAACUCCUCAGGUGGCCAGACAUCCUAUACGAAUGGAAGUGUGCAUAGUAAUGGAGAUAUGUUUGUGAAUCCUAGCAACGGAAUCGUUGCCAAUGGUGAUGCACAUUUCGGAAAUUAUGCCUUGGAUGCAUCAAAGAGAGAUGUACCUUUGUUUCAUGGUUUUAAUCCAAGGCCUCAUACAUCACCAUCAAGCAGCAACACAUAUCGGAACAACACAAGUAACGACAAAGGGGACAUGUCAUUUUUAGCACGGGGUUUCCUUGAAAGGCCUCGUUCCAGAGAGAAAGCAGUCAAAGGCAAUGAUGGGUUGCCAUUUAGUAAUGGAAAUGGCAAACCAUCAUCAUCCUCUGUGAAAGUCAACAGCAUAUCAAAUACUGAUUCUUCAUCUCAAAGCAGCCAAGGUGGCAUGCGCAUGUCUCCGGGAUUCCUCACAAAGCGUUGCAGGGAGUCAGCAGCCAUGGAUGAUCCACAGACCAGUAAAACACCCAAGGAGCAAGAACAUGUUGGUGCUGCAGCAUUGCCAGACCAGAUACAGGAAAGGUGGAGUUCCGGUUGCACAACUAGUGGCAUUGCGCCCCAACACAGAGCAGCUUUCGUUAAUAAUUUGAGUGGUCACCAUGUUGAAAACGGGCAUUCAGUUCUGGGCACCAAUAAUGUCAUCUAUGGUGAAGAAAAUGGCAGCAAUGGAAUUCUUGAUAUGCAUUGCAGCAGUAGCCAAAUGGAUGAUUAUCUGAAUGGUCACCGUGAUGGCAAGAUGCAUGCAGUUCUGGGCACCAAAAACGUCUUCUUUGGAGAGGAAAAUGGCACUAAUGGAGCUCUCGAUGCAAUCAGUUGCCAAAUAGAUGGUACGCCUAUCGUGUCCGAGAAUGGCAUGAGAUCUGAAGAUGCUGACCAGGUCGUCAAGUCACCUGUCGCAUCUGUCCAUGACGGUCUGCGACGAAGAUUGACCUCAAAAUAUUUUGAUGCCCAAUGAAAGCUGAAGGUACAUAUUACUGAAGAGCUACGAGCUAGGAAGUAGAAGAAUGCUGGCUCUCAAUGCUGGUUGGCUGAUUGGAUAGAUUACUUGUUGCCAUUGCAAAAUUGAUGAUGAUAGUUUUGCCUCUCCUUUCUUUUUCCCACGUGGCUCCCACUUGUCAGAGGGGUGGAGGGGUGUCUCUGGGCUUCCACACAAUUUGCAGAAGUUCAGAUGCUCCCCUCAGGCCAUGCUUCUUCUGUUGUCGUUAGGUACAUAGCAGAGUUGUAGGCUUACCUCUUUUUUCAUUUCUCUGUUAGAUUGAAUAAACACGAACUGCUGACUUGCUUUGUCAUGGAAGCUGAAUCAAUCAAUUGUAGAGUGGUAAGAGGAAAUGAUCGCAUCACGUA